UUGAACCAAGGCUUCCCGAAGGAGAUCAGUGCUGCAACAGCCGAGUUCUCCAUGGAAACGCUCGACGACCGAAAGGGAUUGAAGCUGGUGGAGAACGCAAGGAGAAAGCUGGUCGGAGCAAACAGUUGCUGGCAAAACGCUUACCGAAACCUUUUCUCUGGUUGUGCAGAGAUCAUAGCCGAUAAAGAGAAGCAAUCGAGAUUAGCUUGGCAGCUCAGUGAUUGCUUUCAGAUAGACUCCGGGAGAUCAGCUUUUCCGAGUUGUGAUGCAGGGGCUCCGAUGUUGAGAUGUCUCAAGACGUUAGAUGAUGUGGAGCACAAGGUCUACCUCGAGUUCUUCUUGGAGACCAACUCCAUCUGCCACCAGUUACAGACUGAUGCAUUCAAGCAUGACACAGAGAGGUUGGUCAAUGAUUUACUGAGAUCAGCUCAGUUUGCAGAACAGAAGUUGGAUGUCAUGGAAGAGAAAUCCGAGCAGCUACUGCAGCACUCCGAUAAAGUCCAGGAUUCAUUAGCUUCCAUCAACCUCCAGAACCAGCAAUUAUCCCAAGCAUCAAGUGCUGUCGAGGCCCAGAUCCAUGACGUGUUGGAGCACUCCAAGGCGAUCUUUGAGCAGUCCAAAGAGAUAGCAGCUUCGCAGGUAGAGCUGCAAGGAGGACAGCUCGACAUGAAAGAGAAGCUCAUCUCCGGCAUGGCAAGCUUGCAGGAGUCCUACAAGAGUUUGGAUGACGGGAUGCUGAAGCUAAGGGAGGAAGCUGUAGAAAUCGAAAGAGAAAUACAGGUAGUUGGGACCUCCAUGUCCUCAAAGAUGCAGAAUCUUCAAAGCAAAGCCGACGAUAUUGGUAGUGUUGCAGGCUUGUCCUUGGAGAAACAGAAGCAGCUUCUCGACAGGCAGGCUUUGGCCCUCGAAGGCCUCGAUUUCCUCACCAAGUUUCAAUCCCAAGCGCUUGAAGAAAGCCGGGACACCUUGCAAAGACUAGCAGAGCUCGGUAACAAGCAGCAAGAGGAGCUACUCCUCGGACAAGAGCAAAUCCAACAGGCUCAUGACCGUCUGAUUCGGAACUCUCAAUCGAUAUUAGCAGCUCAGGAAGAAUUCGAAACGAAGCAAGCAAACAUUUUCGCUGCUCUGGACAAGCUCUUCGCGCUGCACAACGCAAUUCUAGUAGAAUCACGAUUCAUGAAGGCUUUCUUCUUCUACUCCUGCGUGAUCUUUCUUCUCUACAUGCUCACUAGUACGAAACAGACAUACAGCAUCCGAGCACGCCUUUACUUAGGUCUCUGUACCACAUUUGUGCUCGAGGUCCUCAUCGUUCGAUUUGGUGGCGAUGACUUCGAUCAGCAGUCUCGAAUCAUGUCCAAAGUGUUCCUAACUCGAUCCUCGUUUCUGGUUGCUUCAACCAUCCAAAUCAUUCAUUCUUUGUUUACCUACAGAGACUAUGAGAUAUUAAAUCAUCAGUUGCUGCUAACGUUGGUGGAGAAGGUUCGGAUAAUGGAACAAAAUGAAGGAAACAAGUUCUUGGCUUUCGGCUCAGAGAGUGACAUAAGUGUGAGCCAGUACUCAUGGAUGUACGAUGAGUUGCCGGAAGACAUCGAUGACAAGGUUGAUCCAGAUUAUAUAUUGCCGGAGGAAGAAGUUGGGGAGAAUUCCAUCACUGUAAUCUCAGACAGCAGAAAAUACAACCUUAGGCCUCGUCGUAGGCAAUGAACUCUCAAUUGUUAUU